GAAAAUCUUGUUCCUAGUAAAGUCAGGCUGAAUACUCCAGGACUUGCAGGUUGCAAAUGUAAAAGCUCCGGACCUGGACCUAUCAUGGAAAAAGAACUCAAGAGCAUCCCAGCCUCGGAGCUGGACAAGUUCAUAGAGGAUCACCUCCUUCCAGACACCACCUUUGGUGCUGAUGUCAAAUUAGCCAUCAAUAUCCUGUGUGAUUUCCUGAAGGAGAGAUGCUUCCAAGGUGCUGCCCACCCAGUGAGGGUCUCCAAGGUGGUGAAGGGUGGCUCCUCAGGCAAAGGCACCAUGCUCAAGGGAAAGUCAGAUGCUGACCUGGUGGUGUUCCUUAACAAUCUCACCAGCUUUGAGGAUCAGUUAAACCGUCGGGGAGAGUUCAUCACAGAGAUUAAGAAUCAGCUGUAUGAGGUCCAGCGUGAGAGACAUUUUAGAGUCAAGUUUGAGGUCCAGAGUUCAUUUUUGCCCAACGCCCGGUCUCUGAGCUUCAAGCUGAGUGCCCCUCACCUUCAUCAAGAGGUGGAGUUUGAUGUGCUUCCAGCCUUUGAUGUCCUGGGCCAUGUUAGCAUCUCCAGCAAGCCUGAUCCCAAAAUCUACGCCAGUCUCAUCUCGGAAUGUACCUCCCUGAGAAAGGAGGGCGAGUUCUCUACCUGCUUCACGGAGCUCCAGCGGAACUUCCUGAAGCAGCGCCCAACCAAGGUGAAGAGUCUCAUCCGCCUGGUCAAGCACUGGUACCAACUGUGUAAGGAGAAGCUGGGGAACCCGCUCCCCCCACAGUACGCCUUGGAGCUGCUCACAGUCUAUGUCUGGGAGCGUGGGAGUAAUGUCACCGAGUUCAACACAGCCCAAGGCUUCCGGACUGUCUUGGAACUGGUCACCAAGUACACACAGCUUCGAAUCUACUGGACAAAGUAUUAUGACUUUCAACACCAGGAUGUCUCCAAAUACCUGCACACACAGCUCAGAAAAGCCAGGCCUGUGAUCCUGGACCUGGCUGACCCAACAGGAAACAUUGCAGGUUCGAACUCAGAGGGCUGGCGACGACUAGCAGGAGAGGCUGCCACCUGGCUUCAGUACCCAUGCUUUAGGAACAGGAGUGGUUCCCUCGUGUGCUCCUGGGUUGUUCCGACGGAGGUUCCUGUACCUUUCUAGCAGGUGGAUGAGAACUGGACAUGCAUCCUGCUGUGAGCAAGUGUGGUCCUGUGAGCCCAGCAGCACCUGCCCAGGAGGCUCCGGAGUCAGGGGCAUGUGCAGCUCUGCUGCAGGCCCUUGUCCCAGUGAGGGAGGGCCCCACCUGGGAUCAGUCUCCAUGUUUUUGAUGCCUGUCCACCAUGUUUGAAUCCUGUCCAAAUCACAGACAGCCUUCCUCAACAGAUUCAGAAGGGGAGGAAAGAGAACUCCAGCUUGACGUCCAUCUGUCCACCUGUUGGGAGGUUCUGUCCAACAAUGUCUGAUCAACAAUAAACUACAGUAUGUGCCAUAA